AUGCUCUUCGCCACGAUAGUGUACUUCUACAAGAUGGUACUGCUGACCGAGAUGAACACCGAAGCCUCGCUCUUCAAUACGCUCUACGCAGAGUACGCCACGCCGCAGAUGAUGGACUCGCUUAGGUACCGCAAACUCGUGUACUUUCACCGCAUGGGUCUGCUUCACGACCGCUUCUUCCGAGAGUUCCCAGGCGUGUCGCGUACGCGAGAGUUUAUCCGCCACGUAGAGCCCUUCGCUCUGGGGUCCUGUCAGCUCUACCAGGUUCGUUAA